AUUCUGGAACAUCAGGUACCUUCUGGAAAAUUAAGGAAGACAAAGACCUUUUGUUGAGUCUAGUGCUUAUAAUAGAGCCACUGAGCACACACCAAACCAAAAGAAUAAUCUUCUAAAAUCAUUUAAAGACAAUCAUUUUCAAGACCAAGAUGUCUUCAGGGAAGCUUCUCCUGGUGCUCAUGAUGACUGCCACAGCCAUGGCUGGACCCUCAGGUGUGAAGGACCUCUCUGAUCAGGAUCACUACAAGGAGGGAGUUCACAACUCUGAGUAUGACCACGAAGCAUUCCUGGGGAAGGCCGAGGCUAAAAAGUUCCACGACCUACCCCCAGAGGAGGCCAGGAGAAGACUGGGGAUAAUUGUUGACAAAAUCGACACCAACAAGGACGGCAAAGUAUCCACGGAUGAGCUAUCCGCCUGGAUCUCCAAGGUCUCUAAACGCUACGUGUGGGAUGACGUGAACAGAAUGUGGGACUUUCAUGACACGGACCACGAUGGAUUCGUUAACCUGGACGAGCAUAAGGAGGUCUACGGGGUGGUCAGUGAUCCUGAAGCUAUCUACGACACUAACAGGCAGAUUACUUACAAACAGAAGAUUGAGAGGGACGUUCGCAAGUUCAAAGGCACUGACAAGAACAACGAUGGCAGACUCAGCAAAGAAGAGUUUGCAGGAUUUCUACAUCCAGAGGCUUUCCUUGAGCUGCGAGAUGUGUACAUUAAUGAGAUCAUGGAGGACAUGGACAAGAACAAGGAUGGAUUUGUUACCAUGGAGGAAUACGUCAAUGACCGUUGGCCGGUUAAUAACCGUCCCAGCUCAGGGGAGGAGCCAGACUGGAUCAAGGGUGACAAGGAACAGUUUAAAAGCCACCGAGACAAGAACCAUGAUGGCCGACUGAGCAGAGAGGAGCUGGCCAACUGGAUGUCUCCCAUUGACUAUGACCCUGCCGUCGCUGAGGCCAGGCACCUCCUCAGCCAUGCCGAUGCUGACAAGGACGGAGACUUGUCACGGGUUGAGAUUAUGGGCAAUUUGGAUCUGUUUGUUGGUAGCCAGGCAACCGAAUGGGGCAACUUCAUGACCCGACAUGACGAGUUCUGAGAUAGAGGCUGGCAAACAUUCUUUUAGGACGAUUUAUGUAUUGUUUGUGACCAUAAUACAUCAGAACUGUGGUGUACUCGAUGAUUUACUUGUGUCUUUUUUUUUGUACAUGCCAGUUAUUCUUCAUAGAAACAGUUGCGUUUACAAUGAA